AUGGCUACUUGGAGCAUUUUAGCGUUUCAGGAAACUGAGAGAGAAUCUCCUGAUAUAUUUGAUGUUCCUCACUAUAAAAUGCUAAAAAACUACUUGCAACUUUUGGGGCAAGAUCCACGUCAAAAAAAUGGAUUUAAGAAUUUUAUAGUAACUGCUGUAGUGAUCAGUAUUACAGGCAACAUUAUACCAACGUCACUAGAAUUGUAUACCUCGUUAUGUGACAAGAAUAUGGACGCAGUAAUCAACGUUUUCCCACAUUUUAUGGCAGCUACGAUCAGUGCUAUUAAAAUAUUAAAUAUCCAGAUCAACAGGCAAAAUUUUAACAAAUUGCUUCAAUUUGUGGCAAAGCAAUGGGAACAACUGGAAUUAAACAAUGAAUUGUACGUUUUGAAUCGAACCGUUAUGCAAGGCAACAAAAUGGCUCAAUUGUAUCGAAGAUCUUUAUUGACCGCUUUGAUAUUAUUUCUACUGGUCCCACUAGUUUCUCCCAUUCUCGAUGUCGUUCUCCCACUAAAUGAAACUCGACCACGUCAGCAACUGCUUAAAAUUAAUUACAUUAUUUUUGACGACGCCAAUUAUUUUUUCUACGUAUAUAUGCAGUUAGCUUGGGGAUCAAUUAUGGUUGUGGUAACCAUAAUUUCCGUAGAUUCAUUGUACAUCCUUAUAAUUCAUCACAACAGCGGAUUGUUUGCCGUGUGUGGGAACCAAGUGCAAAGGGCAACAAAAGAUUUAGACACCAAUCAAAUUAUUUCGGAGAAUUACACGUACAAACAGAUUAGGAAUUGCGUGAUCGCGCACAACGAAGCCAUCCAGUUUUAUAAUAUUCUAAACGAAAGCAGUCGAACUAGUUAUUUGAUCCAAGUUGGAUUAAAUAUGUUGAUAAUCAGCGCAACAGCCUUGCAAGCAGUAAUAAAUUUAGAUAAACCGGAAGAAGCAAUUAGAAGCGUGGUAUUUUGUGGGGCCAAUCAAUUUCAUUUAUUUGUGCUUAGUCUACCCGGACAGGUGCUUCUGGAUCAUUGUACUGAGCUAGGAAAUAAUAUAUACGGUGCCAUGUGGUACAGAACACCCGUGCAAAUUCAAAAAGUACUUUACAUGAUGCAGAUAAGAAGUGGGAAACUAUGCAGCUUAACGGCAGGCGGACUGUACGAAAUGAAUAUAGAAAAUUUCGGAGUGGUAUGUAUCACUAUAUGA